UUCAGUUGAACGUUUGAGACCUAACCGAACGCCGAUCCCUUCCAAAAAAAUACCCAUAUCAAAAAUGAUACUGAAAAUAUUAUUAAUGUUCGGAUUUUUAAUGCUCCCUGUUACUCUCGGAGAUUCCAUUACUUGUUACACUAAUGCGGAGACUAAAAGCACAGCUUCAAAGACCAGAGACGUGGUGUGCCCUUAUCUCUGUAUGAAAAUCCAGAAAAAAUUGCCCGAUGGAACUCUAGUGACUGCACGCGGAUGUGGUGCAUACGACUGGAGUCCAUCUUCGGAGUCAUUCCUUAAAGAUUUACCGAUAGAUCAACAAAAAGCAUUAUUGGCCACAGCCCCUGAUUCCAUCCACUUAUGCAAUGAAAAUUUCUGUAAUGGAGGAGACUCAAUUGCAUCAACACAUCUCGUUAUUUUCAUCAUUACUCUCACUGCCUUUGUUUUAUAAUUAAAAAUCACACAUUUCAUCGUCGAUCUUCUACUGCAUUUAUAAAUAAUCUAAUAAUAAAAUCAAGAAUAAAUGAGGAACUGAGAGUUGAGUGUAAUGGUAAUUAUUGAAUUGCGACAGUCGUAAUUUUCUCAUUUCGCAUUGUGAUUUUAUAUGAGGAUAAGUUUUUCCUUGAUGUUUGUAACACUGCAUAAAAAAUGCAUGAAUGGCACUUUAGCUGAUAUCUGCGUCCUGGAGAUUUAUUACGAGUGAGACGUUUUCAGUUGAAUGGUCGAGACUUAACCGACGCGUAAUUCCUGAUUAGUGCUCUCCUUAUUGUAAUUGUUUUUACUCAUUACUCAUCCAAUUGCCACAUUUACAAUUAACUGAUUAGAAGUGAUGAUUGGAAAAUUGUUAGUGUUCGGUUUUAUGAUGCUUCCGGUUACUCUGGGCGAUCCCACGACCUGUUACGCGAAUGCCGAGACUGAUAAAUCGAUUGUAAAAACCAAGAGCUUGCCUUGCCCGAAAUUCUGUAUGAAAUUAGAGAAAAUUCUGCCUGAUGGAACUGUAGUCACUGCGCGGGGCUGCGGUAAUUUUCAAUGGGAGCCACACUCAUCAGUAUUUCUAGACGAUCUGCAUCUAUCAUCUCAGCAGAAAGAUAUUUUAUUGGCUCAACCCCCCGACACAAUGCACUUGUGCAGUGGAAAUUACUGCAAUCAUGGACAUUCAAUAAAGUCAACUUCCUCACUACUCAGUUUUAUUAUCGUCAUUGUUGCAAUUGUUACCACAACUUGAAAUCAUGCGCAUUCAUUCAUUUUUAUAAUCAUUUAUUCCAUCCAUCGAUAUUUUCAGGUGCAGAAAAAUUCCUUUCAAUUCACUCCAAGAGCAAUUAGACUCGAAUUCUUUCAAUCAAAGUAUAGGCUAGCAAAUGUUUAUGUAAAUCUAUGAAUAAAUACUACUGCAUAA